AUGGUCGUCUACUCGUUCUACAUUUUUGAUCGGCACGCGGAAUGCAUCUACAAGCGUCGCUGGCUUCCGCGCCCGACCUCCACCGUGGGGAAGUCACGGUCUGACACAGUCUCCGGCGCAGCACCGACCGGUCUCGGCCAGACAGUGCGAUCGACAGACGAUGAUUCGAAGCUUGUAUUCGGUACGGUCUUCUCGCUGCGGAAUAUGGUGCGUAAGCUAGGAGGCGAAGAGGACAAGUAA